UAUCGAAUACCACUCACAAAAGCCUUUAUUUCAUAAUUUUAACCUCGAAUCUACAUCUCUUACCUCGAUUUAAUGCUCAAGAAUGAUAAGCUUAAGCAAUAUCCUCAUUGAAGCGGAGGAAAAGUAAAGUAAAAUCAAAAUUGAGAUAAUCCAAAAGAAAAUAAAAGAGUGGGGAUUUCAUAAUUGUUCAAAUUUUUGAAUUGAAGCUUUCAUAACAGCCUGUAAUAUGGCAACAAUUAUCCUUUUACAAUCUUAUCAAUGGCAGAACCAUCGCCGCGUCUCGUUCAAGUGUUAUUUUCUUGCCAUGGAUCACAACAGCUUGAUUUCUAUAUAUAGUGAUGAAAUCGAUUGAUUCAGCAAAAUUAUUCAUUGACUUGAUUUUGCUCUAUACCGGCUGAAGAAUGGGUGAAGCGGCUGCUGAGAGGAGGAGAUAAGGGACAUAAAUUUAGAAGGAGAGAAAGGAAGGGCAUAUGAGGUGGACAUGAAGAAAAAAAAGGAAAAUUUCUUGAGUGACUAACGUAAACUUUUCAUUUCUUUGGGUCAUAUGGUGUCAAUUAAACAUGUAGGGUUGUGUGGGUAAAAGUCCAAAGCAAAUAGAAACAGAAGCGUUCCUUGUUCCAGACACAUUAAAAUUGAAGGCAGGGGAGCAUGACGAACCGAAGCACUUAUGUGCCGCCGCUUUAUGUUCCACUAGGACAGUCCCACUCGGAAGCAGAGACUCUUCCAUGGUCUUCUGGAAUCUGUGCUUGCUACGAUGAUAUGCACAGCUGCUGUGUUGGCCUCUUUUGUCCUUGCUAUUUGUUUGGGAAGAAUGCACAACUUUUGGGCUCUGGAACUUCCAUAGGAUCGUGCAUGACCCAUUUUAUUUUCUGGGCCCUUGUGAAUACCGUAUGUUGUUGCAUGACUGGUGGCAUUUUGUUGGGACUACCUGGAUGCUUCGUUUCAUGUUAUUCUUGUGGUUACCGUAGGGUGCUCCGUGAGAAGUAUAAUUUGCAGGAAGCACCUUGUGGUGAUUUUGUGACACACUUUUGCUGUCAUUUAUGCGCCAAUUGCCAGGAGUACAGAGAGAUUUGUGAAAGAAGAAAUGAUGCUAUGCCUACUGAUCUUAAGCUGCCAGUGGUUGCAGCUCCUCCAGUCCAGACAAUGGAAUCAGGUAUUGCAGAGUAGACCUAUGUCUGAUAUUUUUCGAGGGACCAACACUUACUGCUGAGUUGUAGUUUUCAUGUUUAUGUGUUUAGGAUUGAGACUCUUAUGUCACUUAAACUGAGAUGUUUUGCAAUUAAAUCGUGUCAUCUUAAUACGAUUGUCUUGAAAUCAA